UGUUACUAAAAUUAAAGCAAGAAUUUUAAUUAUUAAGAAGAAACCCCAGGGCCGCCGCUAAAACCCUCUUCUCUCUUCUCUCUUCUCUCUUCUCUCCUCUCUCAUUUUCUGUUUCUCGAUCCUUCUCCCUCUCUGUUCUUCCCCUUCUUUGAGAAGAGAAGAAACAAAAGAAACCUAGUCAGACUAAGAAGGGUCGCCGCUCACCCUCACUCUCGCCUCUCUCUUCUUCACAAAAAAAAAAAAAACGACCCACUCAUCUGCUACACAAUCUCGUUCAUCUCUCCCUUCAUUGCCCAGAAAACGAAAGUCAUCGCCGAUUCUCCCCUCUUCUUCUUGAGCGAACGACGAAACCACACAAAAACAAUCGCCUUCUCCCUCUCGCGAUUCUCUAAUCACUUCUCCUAUUUCCCAAAAAAAAAAGAAAAAACGAAACCCUAAUCUUCUCCUCUACGCCGCUCUUCUCUCUCGUCGUCGGUAACGAAUCCGACCACGACAACCCCAAAUCGGCUGAUUCCUCUUAGAAUGAAGAAGGAAGUGCGGAGGAGCCGCUGGCGAGGGAAGGUUAUUUCGUCGAUAACGACUAAAUCUGGGUUGAGAUCGGGCCGUCGUCGUCGUCGUCACUACGACUACGGGCGAGGUAAUAGACUCACGAAAAUCACGCUUCGCCAGUUCUCCACGCUUUGUUUGUUUGGGGCUGGAUGGGACGAGGUUUUGCAAUAUUGAGGGUAGAGAAGCAGCGACAGCAACAAAGGCCUUAAUUGAAUAUGUUCUCGUUGUGGUUGUUUGAUGAUUUGGUAAAGUAAAAAAAAAAAGGAGAAGAACAAGCGCGUAGUCACCAUCGUGGGGUAUAUGAUUUAGCUUAAUAAAUGUUGUAGACAUAA